GCUUCCUCUUGGUGCUUGCCCUGUCCACCAAGAUCAGGGUUUUUGGCUCCCGCCCACGCUUCCUCUCGUCCCUCCGCUUACCGGCGAGGCGUCCAAAGUCCAUGGCCUCCUCCUCCUCCUCCUCAAACCCGUACGAUGUGCCCUGGGUCGAGAAGUAUCGCCCAUCCAAAGUUUCUGACAUCGUCGGCAACAGCGACGCCAUCUCCCGCCUCGAGGUCAUCGCCCGUGAUGGUAACAUGCCCAACCUCAUCCUCUCGGGCCCUCCCGGCACCGGGAAGACUACGAGCAUCCUUGCCCUCGCGCACGAGCUGCUGGGGCCUAAUUAUCGUGAGGGCGUCCUCGAGCUGAAUGCAUCUGACGAGAGGGGUAUCGAUGUAGUGAGGAACAAGAUCAAGAUGUUCGCCCAGAAGAAAGUGACGCUGCCACCAGGCCGGCACAAGAUUAUAAUUUUGGAUGAGGCAGAUAGUAUGACAUCUGGGGCGCAACAAGCACUGAGAAGGACGAUGGAGAUAUAUUCGAACACCACGAGGUUUGCUCUGGCAUGCAACACUUCGUCUAAAAUAAUUGAGCCCAUCCAGAGCAGAUGUGCUCUUGUUCGCUUCUCAAGGUUAUCAGAUCAAGAGAUUCUUGGCCGCCUUAUGGUUGUGGUGGAGGCAGAGAGGGUUCCUUAUGUACCAGAAGGCCUUGAGGCCAUUAUAUUUACUGCUGAUGGCGAUAUGAGGCAAGCUUUAAACAAUUUGCAAGCUACUUUUAGUGGGUUCCGGUUUGUCAAUCAGGAGAAUGUGUUCAAGGUUUGCGAUCAGCCCCACCCUCUGCAUGUAAAGAAUAUGGUUCGCAAUGUGCUUGAAGGAAAUUUUGAUGAUGCCUGUGCUGGCUUGAAACAGCUUUACGAUCUGGGUUACUCCCCCACCGACAUAAUCACCACUCUCUUCCGAGUUAUCAAGAACUAUGAUAUGGCUGAAUUUUUGAAGCUGGAAUUCCUGAAGGAAACAGGAUUUGCUCAUAUGAGAAUCUGUGAUGGUGUGGGUUCCUUCCUUCAGCUCUCAGGCCUUUUGGCGAAGCUUGCAACGGCCAGGGAAACUGCAAAAGCUCCAUAAACACUUGUUUUUCUUGCCAUCCUGUUUCUACUCUCAACUCCUGAAAACUUUAUUCUCUAUGAAAAAUCUAGUCAUGAAGAGCUAGACACUUGUAGGUGGCUGACUGAACCUUGUUACUCUGUUGUGUUUAGCAAAGGGCUUUGGUCUCAGUGCCAGAUUCUAGUAAGAACAAUGGCCACAUUUAUGUUCA